AUGGCUUCUUCAGGCGAUGUCAAGUAUCCUGCUGUCGGUGGACCUUCUUCAGUCGUCGACAACGUCGCUGCCGAAGCUUCCAAGGCUAGUGAUGAAUUCCGAGAUCUCAAAGGCACUAAAGCGACGCCUUCUGGUACUACCAGAACUGGUCAGCAAUUGACUCAUUAUCACUCUCUUUUGUACAGUCUGUUGAGCUGGGAACGUCCCCGGGCUACUGCCAUCUCUUUUGCUAGUGUCGUGUUCUUCAUUCUUGCUGCUCGGUUCUUGCCGCUGCUACGAUGGAUAUUCAAGUUCCUCUAUAUCAGUCUAGGAGUCACUGCUGCCGCUGAGGGUGCUGGCAAGCUUAUUCUCAACCAAGGUUUGACGAGCUCCUUCCGUCCUCGCAAAUAUUACACUCUGCCGAAGGAAACUGUCGAGGGAAUACUGGAAGACUUGGAACAACUCUCCGACUUUUUCCUGAUCGAAUUCCAACGCAUUUUGUUUGCUGAAAACGUCACCCACACUGCUGCAGCUUUUGUUGCUGCCUUUCUAUCCUACUGGCUCAUCAAGAUUAUGCCUGUCUGGGGUCUGUCCUUGCUCGGUGUGACUAUUGCCUAUCUUGGCCCUCUUGUGUAUAUUAGCAACCGCGAAAUCAUUGAUGAGCAGAUCGCCGAAAUUCAGGAGUUACUCAAUGCGCAAGCCAACCAUGCCAAGGAGCUUGCCAACCAACAAACCACCCGCGCUACAGGCUUGGUGAAGCAAUAUGCCAACAACUACAGCACCAAGGCUCAUGAGUACAUCGGCAACCGUCGCUCUGCGUCUCCAGAAGUCCCCAAGGCCCCCGCUGUCAAGGUCGAGCCAGCCAGCCCGGCAAAUGUCCAGACCACAGAUUUUCCUGAAGCUCCCAAGACUGAGCCUGUGGCUGCUACCAUCGAGUUUGAACCUGAGGCUGCCACAUCGACAGAGAAGGAACCUUUGCUGGCUCUAUAA